CGCUGCCAACCGCUCACUCAGCGAAAAACGAAAAUUGUUGCGGUGAUUUUUGGCUUGUCACUCCCGUCCGUCCCGUCGCUCGACGAUGAGUUUUGAAGUUUUGAAAGGAUUGGAUGAAAGUGCAGCAUCGUCAAACUGCAGACAGACUUUAAAAAAUUAACAUUUUGCUGAGCAAUCCAUCGCAAAUCGCAGCAAUUUUCGUGUCCUUGAUCGUGAUCUGAUUGUUCUCCGUUUGAGAUUCGUCAUUUGAAGGGAUUUGUCCGGAAAUCGACUGGAUUCGAGGUGAAGAGAUGAGUGGACCAAUUUUCGGUAGUAGCAGUGCCCUCGGGGGCAGUUCCGGUGGGAACCGCCAUCUGGUGGAGUUCCGAGCCGGAAGGAUGAAUCUGGUAAACAAGAUGGUCCAUCCGGACAACCGGAAGGGAAUGGUGUACGUGUACCAGGCGGACGACGGGUUGAUCCACUUCUGUUGGAAGGAUCGCACCACGGGGAACGUGGAGGAUGAUUUGAUCGUGUUCCCGGACGAUUGCGAGUUCAAGAAAAUUGAGAACGUCAAGAACGGGCGGGUGUUCCUGUUGAAGUUCAAGAGCUCGAGCCGUCGAUUGUUCUUCUGGAUGCAGGAACCGAAAACGGACAAGGACGAUGAGUGGUGCCGUCGGAUCAACGAGGUGAUCAACAAUCCGCCGUCUUCGAACAGCCUGGGAGGUGGAUCAGGCCGUGGGGGAAAUGGCAGCGACAAUGGCGAUCUGCAGUACAUCAUGCAGAAUAUGUCCCAGCAGCAGCUGAUGCAGCUGUUUGGCGGCGUCGGUCAGAUGGGAGGUCUGAGCAGCCUGCUCGGGUCGAUGAGCCGGACCAGCACCACCACCCCAUCGAGUCGCACCACCACCCUGUCGUCGAGUAAUGCCGGAAGCGGCACAGCGGUCACAACUCCGACAGCCACCUCCAACUCGCCUUCGACUCCACGUGCUCCGCGUAAACAGGCUUCCGAUUCGUCCAAGUCCAGUGGCACUGCGACGGCCACUCCAGUCACAGCCGCUGCUGGCGCCGGAGAUGGAGCCAACAACGGUGGAAGCAGCACCAGCACAACCAGCGGAAGCGGAAACCGUGUCCUACUGUCGGAUUUGCAAAACUACCUGGCCGGAAUGAGCCCAGCUGCGGCCGGUGCCGGUCAGAGACGGAACGUUGACCUUUCCACCGCCGUCAAUUCGGAAUCCCUGUCCUCGGUGAUGACCGAUCAGGAGAAAGUCGAUGCCCUAGUGGAACAUUUACCUAACAUCGAGGGAGAUGAAAAUAAGAAGCAACAGCUAAAGGAAACCCUGUCCUCGCCUCAGUUCCAGCAAGCCCUGUCCAUGUUUUCCAAUGCGCUGCAGUCGGGCCAGUUGGGACCGGUGGUGUCCCAAUUCCAGCUGAAUGCCGAAGCCGUGGCCGCGGCCAACAGCGGCGACCUGGAGCAAUUCGUUAAAGCUCUGGAAAAUGCCCACAAGAAGAGCACCGAAUCCGAGAAGAGCAAGUCGUCCUCGUCCGCCGCCUCCUCGGAAAGCACCGAAACCGCUCCCUCCAGCAAGGAAGAGAACGGCACGCCGGUGGCUAAAACCGAAAAGAAGGACGACGACCAAAUGACGGGAUAGAUCCUAAGGUGGUCUCUGCAACCUACAGGUACUGCUCUGAUAGGGUUUCAGUUGUUUUUCCUUUUCUUUUUCGAGCGUGCACUUGAUGAUAAUCUGUUGAAAGAAAAUAUUUUACUCUUACUACUUAUAACAUAAUCAGAGUACUGGAAAGGGGGAAACCGAUUCACAUACACCGGAAGGAAGAACGAGGUCGGACGGACGGAAGCGCGUGGUUUGCUUAGGCGAUAAGUAGCAAGUCUUUUUUAUCUAUGGCGUAAAUAUUUGAAUAGUCACGUUAGAGGCAGUGCCAAUCAAAACUAAAACAAAAAUUUUCAAUGCGAGAACAGAACAUUUUCCGCAAAAUUCUACCCAAUUCAUGAUUUGAUCGAUCAAGCACUGAGAGUCAUUUCAAUCAUCAUCAUCCUCCGAUCAGCAACACUGUUUCAGUUAGUGUCGAUCCGCACCGAGGCAGAAACACAGGGCUAUUGUAUCCUAUAAAUUGUAGCGCAAGCUUUGCAGCAAAAUAGUCACGAAAAGUAACAACAACAAUGCGACACAACACAGCUGUAGACGGUGAAGUAGGGAUAUCUAAUAAUAUCUAAAAUACGAAUUAAAUGUUUCAGGUAAAAACCAAUAAAAACCCAUCUGGGAAUGAUGAAAAAAUC